UUAAAUUGAAAAUGAAACUGGUAUUUGUAAUGAUGUAUGGAUAUCAUCAUCAGGUUUAAACAAAGCAGCUGCGGGCAGCAUGCAGGCUGAAGCUAUUUUGUCGCUUUGACUGUAACAUUUAAAAAAUGUGGCGGAUCUCUGUUUUGUUUAUUCUAUGUUUGUGUACAUCCGUGCGCUGCCGUGUAGGAUUUAGCGACGUAGACAAAAAACAAUACGAGUCUGGAAAAACCCAGUACGAACUUCUACAGACUCAGGCACAGAUGCCGGAGUACGGGAAAUGUUGGACCAACACCCUGACGUCACUCCAGGAAGGCUGUAAGCACCUGACGGACGAGACACAGACCAGACUGGCGCUGGCGUAUCUCAACUGUUUCUUACAGGUACAGGGGAGGGACUCCUACCAGUGUGAUGAGGGAAUGAGCACGAGGGAGUGUUUGUUGGACAUCACAGAGGCGGACAGGCCUUCACUGACCACCUUCUUCACACACACCCAGAACAUUUGUUACUUUCUCCAGUCACAGGUCUGGCACGAAAAAACACAGAAUACGAUCAAGAGACUUAGCCGAGCUUCUGAUGAAGUGGCAGAGAAUCUAGCAGCUACGACUGUCCUACAGAGAGAGGCUCUCCGGAACCAGGAAGUCAUCAUGCAACAGUCGACCAACCUCAGCCUCAUUAUCAACUCCUCCUCCGAAAACCUUCAUGCGAUUAUCUCCGACUUCCACAAGAUGACCAACGAUCAACGUAUUCUCAUUAACGACAUUUUUGACAAGAUUGUUCACCUGCAGAGGACGAUGCUUGGGGAGUUUUCUGGGUUUUAUUCAGUGGUGUAUUACACGUUGUCUAUCAUGCUCUCAUAUUUACUGACGUCUACCCCUCGAACAGCACCUGCGCGUUUCUGGAUGUUUGGUAUUAUGACUCUAAAUAUCAUCAUAGAGAGAUUUAUCAUCACAAUGUUCAUCAGUGGCUACACAGAGGAGACUAACACCGAGGAAGCUGCCUAUGCCUGGCACAUUUUCUGUCGUCGAGUUAGCGGGUUCCUUGCGAUUGUUGUCUUGGUGAUUCAUGCUAUCCGAUAUCAAGAUUUCAACGUCUUAAACUAUCAGCUCUUAAUGGACAUCAAGGCAGAUCUUCGACAUUUACGCAGCAGAGAUCUGAGACACAGAUUGGAUGAGAUUGAUCACACGCUUGAGAGCCCGACCCCGGGGCCGAUGACGAUAGCCUCGUCACACCAAUCUCACACCUCAGCCGCAGCAGAUAGCACAGAAGGCUAUGAAUCGGAUUCAGCUUGGAGCAGUUCAUCAGAUUUAUCAGACUUGGACAAAUCAUCGUAUUGCACUGAUGUCAGCUACCGACCAAGUCCGACAGAUACAUACAGGGGAGAUAACUCCACUGCCUCCUACAGUUACAGUGAGUCUUCUCACAUCGAUGAGGAUGAAGUUGAAUUCCUUAGAAAUUCUACACCAAUCCGAGAGGGAAAUCUCCAGAGGAUUAAAACAUGGAGUAAAACUGGUUACUAUACCACAGCAUCAGGGGAUGACAAAUUCCAGACCCCAUCUUCCACAUCUGGUGUUUACAAGACAACUCACUCUAAAUACCAUCUGAGACAGAGAACAUUGACCCAGCUGAUGAACCCAGCUCUGAGGGAAGAAUCGCCCAAGACGUUCCGACGAAAAAUAAAAAACCUGGAGCAGGUCGCCAUGGAGAACAGUGCAGCCUUGAGGGACACCCUGUGAUGCGUCAUUUCAGAUUCAGGUUACAGGAUCGAAAAAAGAAUAUAAUCAAUGUCUCUUGUUUGUUAGGAGUUCUGUUGCCAUUUUUAUAGUUCAUUGCAAGCAAGAGAUAAAUGGUCUGCAAUGGUUUCCUGUAUGUAUGUGUUUGAAUAAUCUGAUAUUUCCUUUUUCAUUAAAACACAAUCUAAUUAGAAUUAGUGGAUCAAAGGAUCUAAUGUUAAUUAGAUUGAUUAAAACACAUGAUAUUGUCCUGUCACAAGCUUCAACAUUGAUACUGGUGGGAAAAUAUUAACCUUGUGGAUUUAAAUUUAAUGUUUUAUAUUCUAAACUAUGACCUUUCAAUUUUUUUAAAUCCAAGAUGUAGAAUGUUAAUUAAUUUUAUUUUAAAAGUUUUGAGUUUAGAUAGUUUUGAAAUCUACAACUGAUUAGAAAUUUACAUUAUUUACAUGUUAUUGAUGCCAAUUGUUACAGAUUUUAAUUAAGUUUCCCUUUUUAUCGUGUUUUUUUAAAGAAUGAUACAAGGUAAGACAACGAAACAAUAACUGGCAUGAUUGGAAAUAUACAGCGUUCGUGACAGUCAUCUGUUGCAGUCAAAACACUUGACAUCACAAAUGAAAAGGGUGGGUAUGAUUCGGUGUCCGUCAAAACAUUGUGUACGAAAAUGAUUUAAUAAUGAUCUCUUUGUUAGUAUUGGCAUACAGUCAUAUGAUAUUCAAAUAUAUGUCUUAAGUAUUCAAGGAUUUUUUUUUGGGUCUGUAGGAUGCCGAAAUAAGGCCCCAUUCCCAAAGCUAAAAUGCAGGUAUUUUUCCCAAUUUUUGUUUUAAAAUUCCCAAACAAUGAAAAUGAAUCAAAGCAAGGUACCCUUUUAUUCAUAAAUCAUCAAAGGCCCAUAGAUUGCAAUUUUUGGUUCAAAAUUGUGAAGUAAAACAUUUUGGCCUCUGCUUAUUUAAAUGUGGUAAGCUUUGACCAAAUUGUAAGUCAGAAGGAGUCCAAUUAUUCCUUAAUGCACUGGUUUGGUUUUAUCCUCACUUCUUUUAUCCAUGAACUUUUUUUCCCAAUUGGAAAGGCCCAGGUCCUUGACACCAAGACCUUAAAGAGACACUACAGCUCAUUUUGUGCAAAAAUCAUGAAAUGACAAUUUUGUCAGUGCUUUCUUGGUUUUUGUUGCAUAGUUUAAUGUAUGAAGUUUGUGAAAAUAACACUUAUCUAAAGUUAAAAAUUCUUCUUUUAACGUAAAAACUAAUACUUUUUGAUGGCCUAUACAAAACAUAUCGAUUCUCCUCCUUUCUGUCUUCAGACGCAUGUGCACAGACUGUAAACAGUGCAGCAUGUCGUCCAGUGAGAGAAAGUGUAGUGGAUAAAUCCAGGAUUUUGACAGACUCUGCAAGAAAAGAGGUGAAAAUAAAAUGAGAUAAAAGUCAUACUUGAAAUAAAAUUUAAUUUGGGAUCAGUAUGACCAUUGGAAAACAAAGAGCUAGGAGAAACUCACGCAGGACUCUGUGACAAAUCUAGGAUUUCCGAAAGGGGGAUAUGAAAGUCAAAUAUUGGCCAAAGUACUCAGCUAUUCUGGGUGCCAAAUCUGGAGCUUUACUCACAGUUUGUGGCAAAAAAAGGGAUGGGGUCCUGGCCCCCUCUGAAUCUGCCAUUGGGACUAGCCGCGACGACACUGCUUUGAAAGUAUGGGCUAUUUUUAUCUGAGCAUGACACACGUCAGUUGUAAAAACAUUGGUCAAUAGGAACAUGGAAAGGUUUCUGUUAAGAUAAUGAUUUAUAACUACUCAAUCAUAAGAAGCAGGGAAUAAUUUCAUACUUGGAAGGCGAGUGUAGACCCCCUAAGGGGUAUUUAAAUAAUUUUCUACACAACACCUUUGCUGUCAUUCAAAAUCAUUUGAUGUUAAUAAGCAUUCAAAAGUCCAAGUCAGCAUGAAGAAAUUUUAGAAUUCCAAAUUGUUCAAAAUUUCAGUAUCGAUUAGUUUUAUCAUUUUAUCAAUAUAUGUUUUAAAAACACUUCAUUAAAAUGUAGAAAAUGAUUUGUUACAGUAGUGUCUCUUUAAGAAAAACCUUGGUAUUACUACAAGUAUUUAAUUAGCUUCAAAGCAUUUCAGAAGAUAUCACAUGUUUGCACCUGAUACCCAUUGUAUUUGUUAUGGUACAUGUAAUUGCAAAGUGGAUUGAGAUUCCCGUGGGGAUCUGGGUUAAAAUUGGUCCUCAGUAUCCCUUGUUUGUCGUAAGAGGUGACUGGCAAAAACUGAAGUCCCAUGUCACAGCAGGUGUGGCACGAUAAAGGCCAUAAGCGCAGAGUUUAGGCCUAAAUUUUGUAGCCCUUCACCGGCAGUGGUGACCUCACCAUGUGAGUGAAAGAUUCUCGUGUGGGAUGUUAAACAAUAUAUAAUCAAUCACUUUAAAACUAUAUUCUCAAUCCAAUAAUUUCACGGUCAUCCACGCUUUGUGUCAGCCCAUUUUAUUUGUGACAUUUUGUGUUUGACUGUUUUUUUUUAACGUUUUGACAGUAACAGAUGACAGUCGCGACUACUGCUUUUUCUGUAUAUUCCGAUCUUGCCAAUUAAUGAUCCACAGUCUUAAGGUAAGAGCAUCAGAUUUGAUAUACAUGUAGCUGAGAAAUCUUGGGUUGUAUUCAAAUGUGUUCAUCACAAACUGUGUUCAAAUGCAUCUAGCAUUCAUGACUGUGAUCUGGUACAUGUAUAUAAAGGCAUGGGAGGAAUUUGGUUUUUGAUUAUAUACAUACAGACAGACAUGCAUACAUACAUGUACAUGUUAAAUGUACAGAUAGACACUCAUACAUUGUUUGUAUCACUGUUUGAUACAAUCUAUUCAUAGCAGAGCAAGUUUUAAUUGUUUGUCUAACUCUAGUGGCUAUUCUGUUUAUUGCAAAUUGAUUGUGUUUACGAUAUGGACGGCCCCUGGAAUUUCAUACUAAGUCUUCAUUUCUAUAGGAAAUAUAAACUUGUGACAUUCCAUACAAUUAUGAUAUAUCAAUGUAUUUUAUGUUUAUGUUAGUGAUACUGUUAUAUAUAUAUAUAUAUAUAUAUAUAUAUAUGUGUGUGUGUGUGUGUAUGUGUGUGUGUGUGUGUGGUGUCGUGUCAGAUAGGUUUAAAUUUAAUCAGAGAUUCCGGGCAUAUAGUUUUUGGUGAGUCCAUUUUUCUGUUUGUCCACAAAAACUUUCUGUUAAAGUUACUCUUGGCAACAAAAUGUUUGACCUUGUAACCUUCACCUUGGUGCUUGACCUACUUUUGAAAACCUUUAACCUAAGCCACAAUUUUUGCUUUGUUGAUAGUACUUUCAUAUUUCACGUGUGUAUUCCUUGUGAGGAUACCUUUCUUUGGGUACCAGAAUUACUUUGCUGUCAUACAUCAGUGUUUCACAAACAUGUCUUAUUUUUGGUAAAUUCCAGGCAUUAUUAUACCCGUACACUCUGUAGAGAGUUUAAAUAUACAGAGUUCAGUUGAGAUUAUUACACAUAGAUCUACCCCUCAUUUGUCGUCUUAAGCAAGAUGCCAAAUAUUCAAUUGUAUGAAUUUUACGGAUAUAUAAUAUGCACUUGAAUUGAUGCUUAGUGACAUACUUUGCUACGAAUAGAUUGUGAUAGAUUGAUUUGUGCUAUUGAUUGAUUUUGUAUCUUUUAGAGAAUCAAUCCAGGGUCAUUGUGCAAUAACUGAAGAAUUUUCUCACUGAAAAAAAAAAUAUAUAUAUAUAUAGAGAUAGAUAGAUACUUAUUUGAUUCAGAUACAGAGUUAAAUGAUGUAUCAGCUAUUGUGAUAUAUCUUGUCAGCCCACUAAUUUAGUAAGGCGUUAACUUAAAAUGAUUUGGUGAUCCUAAAAUAAUUUUUAGAAUCGUUCGUGAUUUAUUACAUUUCUCUAUUGCAAGAUGAAUCUGUGACCGGUAUUGUUCCUGAUUACCAUAAACAUGGCUAUAUUGGUGGUUUGAAAUUUUAGUGAAUUUACCACCACGAGAAUGAUAGAUUGCGAAUUAAUGCAUUGAUUUAUUUUACAAAUCAUGUGCAAUUAAUUAACCUUUCUGAGUGGUCAAUAAAGUGCCUGAUUGUAUGUA